UAGCACACGGUACCUGUCAACGUGGGCUUCGCUCUCUGUUUCAGACGCUUGCUUGACGACCGGGCUUACAAUAAGGAACGUUUGACGAAGAGGGUGUCCGUCGUGUUCAAAGAUGUGAUGAAUCAUGAUUUCUUGGAAAUAUGCAUAUUUCAAUAAAUUUAAGCUACUAUAAGUACACCAAUAUUGGAAUACUUAAAAUAUGGUGGGAAUGAAGUGAAUGUGAUGUCGAAUCAUUUGUUUGUUUUUUUAAACCGAAACCGCAAGGAUAGCCUCAGAAUCCGCCAGUAAACUAUCUGUGGUGAACUGCUCACGUGGUUGUGACUGCUUGUGACCGAUGGAUCCCUUUAAAAGCAGAGACAAAAUCCCACGAACUCCACCUGGACAGUCGUUUGUGAACAGGUCUUUGGUUACGGGUACAGAAGCCGGUCUUAAGUGUUUCACAUACGAGUUAGAUAGUCGCAGUUUUGCUGACUGGACUCCUGAAAAACAUACCUUGACUCUUAGAAAUUCUGGCACUGCUUGUAUAAGGGAGCGAGAUGAGUAUACGAGUGUUCCGGAAUUUAGGAAGUUACGAAGCAACGUGAUAAGUCGAACACCUUCUCCUCCUCCUACCGUGAUUCGCAGACCGAAAGCAACAAAAAGGCGUCGCGAGGUGGAGUACAGCUCCUUUAUAUGUCUGGAACCGGAUAUGGCAUCGACUCCGGGUCCAGGCGAUUCAUCUGGUCGCAAGGAGAGGACCACUUCAAAUACUAUAAGGGAGCGAGAUAAACCUACGUGUGUUCCGGAAGUUAGGAAGUUAGGAAGCGACCUGACGAGUCGCACACCUUCUCCUCCUCCUACCGUGAUUCGCAGACCGAAAGCAACAAAAAGGCGUCGCGAGGUGGAGUACAGCUCCUUUAUAUGUCUGGAACCGGAUAUGGCAUCGACUCCGGGUCCAGGCGAUUCAUCUGGUCGCAAGGAGAGGACCACUUCAAAUACUGAAGACAAACCAAUCGCUGCACGUUUACGGUCACGUAAGAAAUUAUCUCAACAGCCGAUGAAUAAUUGAAUGUGGCUCAUGCUUUGUAUUAAAGUUAAACUGACAACCUUCUGGUACAUGUAUCUGUAAAUGAUUGAGAAAACAUGACAUGUAUUGGGGUACGUAUUUUUGUGACUGGAACGUCGAAUUCUACUAUUUGCGUGAUUAUGUAUUAUGUUUUCGAAGUGAUAUAAAUAGAAAAGUUAAUGUUAGCGCGACAUGUGCCACUGGCAAGAAUUCGUAAGUGUCAUAUUGGUAACAGUUACUGCGAGAAUGUUGAAAGUGGAGGGGUGGGAGUGAGUUGCGAAAAGGCGAAAAUAACAUCAUUGUGAAAUAAUAUAGGAAACGUGAAAUGAAAACAAAAGAAG